AUGGGGCGGGGCGAGGAGGGGCUCGGGGGCGUGGCUUGCCGAAGGAGCCGGCUGGAGGCGGGGCGAAGAGGAGACGAACCGGCAGGAGGCGGGGCGAGAAGAUGCUUCAGGGGGCGUGACUUAGGAAAGAGGCAGAGAGGGGCGGGGCGAGGAGGGGGCGGGCACGAAAGCGUCCUGGAAGACGGGGGCGUGGACUGCGUGGGCGGGACGGGCCUGCCGCAGCCAGCCAAUCAGCCGGUCGGUUUGCGCCCGGAAAUGACUCCGGGGCGGAAGCGGGGCGGUGGAAGGUCCUCGAGGUGCGUUGCUAGGCGACGGGUCAGUAGGUUACUUUCGGGGGCCGACGCCGCCGCGCGCCCAACGGACGAUCCGCGAGCCCCUCGCCGAAGACGGCUGCAGACAGGCGAGCAGGUGAGGCCCGACCUAGCUACGCACCGUGAGGUAGAUCGUUGUUAUGAAGCCCAAGGUCCAAACGCCCCCACCCUGGUGGAGACCUUUGGGUGCUCCUCAAGAUCUCCGCCGGACCCGUGGAAGGGAGCUGAAGAGGUUAAGGACUCGAGGCCCGCGGGCCGUUUUCGGCCCUCCGUCCACUCAGCUGUCGAAGAAAUGGAUGGCUUAGAUGAUGUUGAAAACAGCAUGUUGUAUUACAAUCAAGCAGUUCUUUACCAUCUGCGACAAUAUACAGAAGCAAUAUCAGUUGGUGAAAAACUUUAUCAAUUCAUAGAACCUUUUGAAGAAAAAUUCGCCCAAGCGGUCUGUUUUUUGCUUGUAGACUUGUACAUACUAACCUAUCAGGCUGAGAAAGCUUUACAUCUUCUGGCUGUCCUAGAGAAAAUGGUUUCACAGGGUAAUAAUAACAAAAAUGGAAAGAACGAAGAUGGUAAUAAUAGCAACAAAGAUGGAUCUAAUCAUAAAACUGAAGGGAGCUUAAUAGAAGUAGCAAAGUCCAAGAUACAUCAGUAUAAAGUGAGAGCUUAUAUCCAGAUGAAGUCCCUAAAAGCCUGCAAAAGAGAGGUGAAAUCGGUCAUGAACACAGCUGGAAAUUCUGCGCCCUCUCUGUUUCUUAAGAGCAAUUUUGAGUACUUAAGAGGCAAUUAUCGAAAAGCUGUAAAGCUGUUAAACAGUUCAAACAUUGCUGAGCAUCCAGGAUUCAUGAAAACAGGUGAAUGUUUAAGGUGCAUGUUUUGGAAUAAUCUGGGUUGCAUUCAUUUUGCCAUGAGCAAGCACAAUUUGGGGAUUUUCUACUUUAAAAAGGCUCUACAAGAAAAUGAUAAUGUCUGUGCACAGCUUAUUGCAGGCAGUAGUGAUCCAGACAAGAAGUUUUCAGGACGACCCAUGUGCACGUUACUGACCAACAAGAGGUAUGAGUUGUUGUAUAACUGCGGAAUUCAGCUGCUGCACGUCGGGAGGCCACUGGCUGCCUUCGAAUGUCUGAUUGAAGCUGUUCAGGUUCACGCAAAUCCUCGCCUCUGGCUCCGGCUGGCUGAGUGCUGCAUUGCCGCCAAUAAGGGGACUUCUGAACAAGAAACAAAAGGUGUUCCCAGCAAGAAAGGAAUCGUACAGUCGAUUGUUGGUCAAGGUUAUCAUCAUAAGAUAGUGUUGGCAUCACAGUCCAUACAGAAUACCGUUUAUAAUGACGGACAAUCUUCAGCAAUUCUUGUAGCCAGUAUGGAGUUUGCAGCUAUUUGUCUCAGAAAUGCCUUAUUGUUGUUGCCUGAAGAACAACAGGAUUCAAAACAGGAAAAUGGAUCCAAAAAUAGUAAUCCAUUAAGUGGAAACCCUGAAAGCAGUGAAAGCAGUGAAACGAGCAGCAGUAAGAGUCACGAUGGAGAUAAAUUUAUCCCAGCUCCACCGUCUUCUCCUUUGAGAAAACAAGAACUCGAAAAUCUAAAAUGCUCCAUCCUAGCCUGUAGUGCUUACGUGGCUCUGGCUUUGGGUGAUACUAUGGCUUUGAAUCACGCAGAUAAACUUCUUCAGCAACCCAAGGUAUCAGGAUCUCUUAAGUUUCUGGGCCAUUUGUAUGCUGCAGAAGCCCUCAUCUCUCUGGACAGAAUAUCUGAUGCCAUUACUCACUUGAAUCCAGAAAACGUCACUGAUGUCUCCUUAGGGAUCUCUUCCAAUGAUCAGGAACAAGGUUAA